AUGGUCUACAACAUUCGAGAUCACAAAUGUGUGAAUGAAACUGAUGGAGUCUGUAUGUUUCGAAUCGUUAACGGAUCCUGUCUGAUAGGAAUAUGUGUUCUGGGAUUCUUUCUCAGCAGCUUUCUUAUCUACUCGAUAAUAUCUAACAGGAUAAAACUGCCAGGACGCAAGGGGAUCUUCAUACUGAAUGUUUCAUUCAGUGACAUUGGAAUGUCAAUGAUUGGAAUUGUUAGAGGACUGGGCAUUGUUUCUAAGCGAUUUGUCGGAGUAACCGACCUUUUUGAGGCUACCAACUUCUGCUAUGGCUACACUAUCCUAAUCAACGUUUUCACGAACUCUCUGAUGCUAGUCCUGAUACCGAUGGCUUUUGACAGAUUCCUAGCGGUGACCUUCCCACUAAAAUACAACAGUUUUGUCACGUACAAAGUCAGCAUAAUGGUGUAUCAGAGACAGUACCACAGAUGUGUCUACGAAAAGUCCGAGUCCUACGAAGGAAUGCUCUUCUUGCUCGCUCCUUUAGUUGUACUCAGCAUCCUAUACAUUCUCAUCAUUGUAGCUAUCAUUAAAAACAAGAUCAAAUUCACAAAAGUGAUAAUCACGACUACAACAAUCAUCCUAACUGGAAUGAUAGUCUGUAUUCCAGAGAUUCUGAUGGCUACCUUCUACAUCAACAUGUCCUAUGAAGUUGCUCAGAUCUUCACAGUGACCCUCUACUAUACCAACAGUGUUUUUAACCCUGUCAUAUAUUUCUGUGUUAAUCCCCGUGUUUCCGAGCAAAUCUCCAUAUCCCGGGCUGUGAAGAAAACUUUCAGCCACACUGCCAGCUCUGAGAACUUUAACGUGACUAAACUGUUGAGAACUUUCAGUAGAAGGGAAGUUGAUACGAUUAUUUGGUGA